AUGCGGGUCGGUGAGUUGGACCCGUGGGUGAUUUCAGUACGUAUCGACGUGACAGGUUAUGUGGAACAACAGGGAACAAUAAGUGAUCGUAAUCUUGAUGAUGUUGAGGGCAGUGAUGAGCCAGUGAGGAGCAGCAGGGUCAAGUUUGACACUUUUGAUGAAGGUGUCAAGUUCACGAGUGGUGUAUUGGUACGUAAUGGUGGUGUAGUGUGUCCUGUACCAAGGAAGCCUAAGAGAAGUAACCACAGCUUGUGUGGUGUAGGUGGAGUUGUACCACCAGUCUGGAACAAUGAGUUGUUGUCUCCAGAUUUGGAAGGUCGUGUACAAAAGUAA